CUCCGCACUUUCUCACUCCACAUAUAUUUUUCUCCCCGGCAAAAACUCAUUUACUUUCCGCGCGAAGACCAAAUCUCUCCCUAACCCUAAAAGAAACCGACAUAGAGGAGAAGGAUGCUGAAAGGCGAAAGCUUGGGAGCUAAAGGUCCCUCUUUUUCUUGCGAUACCGAAGACGCUGCGCAGGAAAGUAGGGUUUUUUAUCCGGCCGGAAGUUCUUAGAGGGAUUUGGCGGGAAAUUUCCAAUGGAGCGGAUGGAAGCGGAUCUGCUGUGGAAUAAGAACUCCCUUUCCGACGAGGAGGUUGGUUCGGCGGCUGAGGAGAACAUGAUUUUUGGCAUCAAUUUUAAUGAAACCGAUACUGUUGGGAAUGAAUCUGCACAUUAUGAGAAGUUCCUGCUUGAUGAUUUUGACAAUUAUGUGGAUGAGAUUAACGAUCGCCUCACGGUUUCGAGAUUGGUAACCGACUCAGUCAUUAAGGGGAUUGUGAAUGCUGUAAUUGAGGAAAGUACUGAGAAAAUUGCUUUAAAGGAAGCUGAGAUAGCUUGCUUGAAGGCAAAGUUGCAUGCUUCUAAUUAUGUCAAUAGUUUGGCGCCAUCAGUGGCGGCAUCAGUAAAUUUGAACUUGAGUUUUGAUAGUAUAACGACCAAUCAUUUGAGCAGAAUAAAGAUGUCUGUUGAAAAUCAGUUUCAGAGGCUUAAGGAGGAGUUUGACUAUGUGAGAAAUUCAAAAUUUUCUUGUUCAACAAAUGUUUGUUCUACAAAUAAAGUGGUGUUCAAGGUUCCUACUCAAGGAAGAACAGAUGAGAAAUUGCAUGUUCUCAGUAAAAGAAUAGAAUUUUUUAGAGUAAUGUUAUUUGGUUAUUUUGAUGAAAUCAAUAAUUUGUUUAGCUCUAUGAAACUUUCAGCAAUGGAACAGCAAUGGGAGAAUGAGUUGCAUGAAGAAAUUAAUGCUAUUCUUGUUCAGAAUUAUGUUAGAGAUAUUCAGGAAAAGUGUGAAACUAAGAUUUUGGAGCAGCGAAAACAGAUGAAUGCGCUGAGCACGAAGGUUGGUGAACUCUCCUUGGUGCGUGAAGAUCUCAAUGCUAUUUCUAAGUCGUUAUUGAACUCGGAUCAAAGUCUUCUCUUAUCACACAGCAGCAGCGAAAGUUUAGAAGAGCUAAAUAAUACGAGGUGGAAGGAUCAGUUCCAUGUUAAGGCUUUGGGAAAUAAUCACUCAUCUUCUGCAUCACAUAAAGGGGAAAAUGGUGCUAAUAUGAUGCAGGAAGCUCAGCAUUUUGGGAAACCGAUGUUGGAAUCUAUGGAUUUUCACCUAAAGCACUUGUCGAAGGAAGAUCUCGCAGAUUAUUAUAAAAUUGAAAUGACAAAAAUGCGGAGGCAACACGACAAAGCGAUGGAAGAGAAAACUGAUGAGUUGUUCAGGCUGAAAAGGGAAUUUCUCAAGGAAAAGGGCUCUUUGUUUUCGAAGAAAGAUAAGGAGAUUGAAAAUUUGAAGAAACAUAUCCGCCGAAUUAUCGUAAAUCUAGAUGAUAUCCUAGCGGAGGAGUUAGAUUUUGUUGUUUGUGAUGAUUCAAACGAGGUUUGUACUUUGAAGAAUAAAAUUUCUUCCAUGUUUAUCGAAAAUCAAAGGCUACGAGGUUUACUUAUAGGAAAAAGGAAGGAGGCGGAGUAUCUAUCCUCACAGGUCACAGAUUUUGGGUUCCAAAUAUUACAAAAUGCAUCAGUAAACCAAAACUUAUUGGAACAGAUAGCAAAUCUGAAGGGGAAGCUUGAAGAUUUGAAUACAGAAGUUGCUGUUAAAGAAGAAAUAGAUGCUAUAGUAUUGAAUGAGGUUAUUAGUAAGCUUAAUCUUCAAAUGGAGAAUGCUGUAAUGGAGAAUAGUUUCAUUCAUGAUUUUUACUCAGUUUUUAUUAAAGAAUCUGUGAGAAAUGAAAUGUUUAUGAUAAAUGAUAUUACACUAAAACGACAGGCAGAGAAGGCUUCCCUUGAUUCAGUAAUUUCACAGAAGGAAACGGCAUUACACUCAGAACUUGAAGAGAACGACAAAUUGAAGCAGGAAAUAAUUUCCUUAUCUGCAUUAAUUAGUGAGAAUGAAAAAGUUGUGCUCGAAGGUGAGACCUCCAUAACACAACGAAGGGAGGAAUUUGACACGGUUUACCGAGAGCUCGAUGAACUCAGAGAUCGAAUAAGCAUGCAAAUGCUCAUCAUUUCUGAGAACAAGAUUCAUUCGGAUUUCAUGAGGAGUCAGUUUGAUGAUGCUCUACAACAACUUACUGUUUAUGAAAUGGAGGUUGAUAAUUUGAAUCAGAAGUUAGCUAUUGCUUCCAGUUCUUUGGAGGAAUCAGAAAGGCAGAAGAUUGUUCUCAAUGGAAUCAUUGAAGAAAGGGAAAAUAAAUCACAAUAUUCAAUUUUGGAUGGAACUAAGGAAGAAGUAGAGCAGGUAGAAGUGAUGCUGAGCUUAUGGAAGAAAUUAUCAGAAGAUUCCUUAGACUUUGAAAGCAAGUUGGCAGAGACUAUUAAAAUAAAUGAAUCUAGGUUGAAAGCCCUGAGCAAUCAAUGCAAUUCACUAAAGCAACAUGUAAAUAUACUGGUAAAGAAGAGUUUUUGGGACAAGAAGAUUCUUGAAAUAAGAAAUUUGGACCUGCAGAAAGCUGAGGCUGAGGUUGAUCUACUUGGUGAUGAGGUUGAUUCUCUCUUGUCUGUUCUUGGAAAAGUUUAUGUAGCGCUUGAUCACUACUCACCAGUGCUGCAACACUAUCCAGGGAUUAUGGAGAUUCUAAAACUCGUUCGAAGAGAACUCCAAGGUGAAACAGCUUCAUCAAGGUGAUUCAGAAUAGCACUCCAUCGCACAGUAUAUUGGUUGGAAACAAAGUGAAGAAUGGCAACGAGUCAGUCUCCUUGCCGUCAAACUUCGACCGUUCAUCUCUCCAGAGCACUCAUUCUUAAGAAUGCUAUAUCGAAAUAGUUGCACCCUCGGUAAGAUAGCUGCACACUCGGUAAGAUAGCUGCUUGCUGGCAGAUUAAUAAGGCUUUCUGAUCCAUUUGUUCUGCUGUUAUUGUCAUGAGGAAGCUGCCUUUAGCUGUUCAGUUAAUUUUUAAUCUUUACCUGUGGAGGCAGCCUUCAAUUUGAUUUUAGCUUCAUGCCCAUUCUUUCAUUCAAUUUCUGCAAUAAAUCUUUAGAUAUUAUAAGUUCUUCACAUGCACAAUAAUCUGUUACAGAUCAAUGCAGAGCAGCAGUUUUUGUUUUUUUGUUUUUAUAUAAUUCCAGAUCAAUGUACAGUUUCAGUUCAGUUUUUUUAUUGGGGUUUUUACUUGACAGCAACCUAUAAGUUCAAAUAUAACAUACUAAACACCCAAACUUCUAAUAUUUCAUUCCAGCCACCCAAAACCCUCAUUACCUUCCCAUUCGCCACUCCCAUCUCAAGCCGUUUGCGAGCGCCUGCCUCCGUCGGCGAAGGAGCAGAAGUGUUUUUGGAUGUUCUGAUUAUUAAAUCGGCGAAGUGAUGGAGCGCUUGUUUUGGUAUUGGGGGUUAGGACGACGGAGUUUUGUAAGGCAGACAUAUAUGCGAGGUUCAGGAAGCCGAUGGAGGACGCCAUGGAAAGGGAGCUUUAGGUGACAAAAUGAGAAAAAGGGAGGUUUAAGGAGAAGAAGGUAUUAGAGAGGUGGAGGUUAUUAGGGAGAUGAUCUCUCUUUUUGCUUAGAAAUUGUAUUUGUAAUUUAUUAUAAAAUAAUGCCCGUUGGAGAUGGGAGAUGGCCGCGAUGGCGCCGGCGACGGCGACGAUGGAAGAUGGGCGCGUAACGGAGGCAGGCACUUGCGAACGGCGUGAGUUGGGAGUGGCGGAUGGGAAGGUAACGAGAGUUUUGGGCGGCUGAAAUGAAACGGUUAGUUUGUUACAUUUGAAAUUUUAGCUGGCUGUCAUGUAAAAACCCCUUUUUUAUUUGAUGUGGGAGGGGGGAUGAGUUUUUGGUAUCUUUUGUUCUUGUGAGAGUUUGUAAUAUUUUCUUUGGUUGUAGAAAUUAAAUCAUGGUUUUAUAUGUAAAUGUAAAUGGCUGCGUGCUUUACUUGUCUAACUUUUGGGGAUAUAUAUGUAAUUUAUAAUGUUUCUAUGCAAACUUCAGGAAAGAAAAUU